GUUAAUUUCUCAAAACAUUUGAUGUGUAACACAAAAGGAAGCAAGCUGCAAUUUUAAGGACACAUCCAGCUCCACAAAGCGAAAACCACCUUCUCUAUAAAUAAAAAGGCGUCUGGAACAAGCAGAGGAAGUAAAAGUCUUCGUCUACUGAGGUGGGAGACGCGUUGAACACUCGCACAUACAGAACCUGGUACCUAUUAUUUCUUGCAUGGAGGCUGUCCAAUCAGAGAUGACCAUCCUGGUUAACGGGAAGGGUCAUGACCUUGGGGAUGAUAUGAAUGUGCAGAUGAAGACAAUUAUAGAGGACGACGCGAAUGGCACUCAGAACAGAUAUGACGAUCCUGAUGGAACCCUGGCUGAAAAUGUGGAGUUUCUGCCUGGCGGCGAGGGCAAAAAGCCACGUUUCACCGAUUUUGAAGGGAAGACCUCUUUUGGCAUGUCCGUCUUCAAUCUUGGCAAUGCCAUUAUGGGCAGCGGGAUUCUGGGUUUGGCUUAUGCCAUGUCCAACACCGGCAUCGUCCUCUUUUUGUUCCUCCUCACAGCAGUUGCUGUUCUUUCGUCCUACUCCAUUCACCUAUUGCUAAAAGCCUCUGGGGUUGUAGGAAUCAGAGCCUAUGAGCAGUUGGGCUUCCGGGCUUUUGGGACACCUGGCAAAAUGGCAGCUGGAAUUGCUAUAACACUGCAGAACAUCGGAGCUAUGUCCAGCUACCUGUUUAUUGUCAAAUCCGAGUUUCCUCUGGUCAUCCAGGCCUUCUUGCGGGCAGACGUCAACUCUGGAGAGUGGUAUCUGAAUGGCAACUACCUGGUGAUUUUGGUCUCUAUAUCUGUGAUUUUGCCUUUGGCCCUCAUGAAGCAGCUCGGUUACCUUGGUUACACCAGUGGCUUCUCUCUCAGUUGCAUGGUUUUCUUCCUCAUUUCGGUCACCUAUAAGAAAUUCCACAUCGCUUGCCCAUUCGAGGAGUUCUCAGCUAAUAACACAGCCGUCCAUCUGCUCACGACCAAGCUGCCAUUGACCGACAGUCAUCAUGAUGGACACGUGGUGGACGAUGAACACUGCUUUCCCCGAAUGUUUACAAUCAACUCUCAGACUGCAUACACCAUCCCGAUUCUUGCCUUCGCCUUUGUGUGCCACCCUGAAGUGCUGCCCAUCUAUACUGAGCUGCGCAACCCAUCUAAAAAGAAAAUGCAGCAGGUCUCCAACAUCUCCAUCUUCAUUAUGUAUGUCAUGUACUUCCUGGCUGCCCUGUUUGGCUAUCUGACCUUCUACGGAAACGUUGAAGCCGAGCUGCUGCACACCUACAGCAGGAUUGAACCCUACGACACUCUGAUCCUGUGUGUGCGAUUGGCUGUGCUCACCGCCGUCACGCUGACCGUGCCAAUCGUGCUGUUCCCGGUGCGCCGGGCCAUUCAGCAGAUGAUCUUCCCCAACAAGACAUUCAACUGGAUCCGGCACAUCAUCAUCGCCGUCAUCCUCCUCACCUUCAUCAACAUGCUCGUCAUCUUUGCACCGAACAUCCUCGGCAUCUUCGGAAUUAUCGGUGCUACUUCUGCUCCCUGCCUUAUCUUCAUCUUCCCUGCUGUCUUUUACAUCCGCAUCGUCCCCGAAGAGGACGAACCCAUGCGCUCCACAUCCAAAAUCCUGGCUGCCUGUUUCGCUGCUUUGGGUGUGCUGUUUAUGACAAUGAGUUUGAGCUUUAUCAUCAUCGACUGGACUACAGGAAGCAGCAAUUCUGCUGGUGGCCACUAGAGGAGGGUUAAAAAUUGUGUGUGUGUGCUUGUGUGCAUGAGAGAGAGAGAGAGAGAGAGAGAGAGAGGGAGAGAGAGUAAUGAGGAGAGUGUAUUGAAAAACAUUAAUGUUAUAUAGCAGGUUGAGCGAGGCUCAACUGAAGCACAUUUUUGUAUCUUUCAUUUUUUUGUUUUUAGUGUAGCUCUCUGUUCCAGCACCACACUCAUCUGAAGCAGGUUAUCAGCAUAAAUAACAAGUAAAUAAAGACUAACCAAUAUAGAAAUGAAAUUGGUAGAAGGUGAGGGCUCUUAAGGGCAGGGAUUGGAAGCUUUUGGAUUCAGGGUGCAUUAGAUUCCCAAGAGUUCAGGACAAAACGUAGCAGGUUGCCUGAUUGCCUUGACUAGCUGUUCGAGAGAAAAUGCAACUCGCCAUGGCUCCGAACAGUCAGGUUUUACGCUUCAGGUAAUUCAGUGUUAUCUAUUUUUUUAAGCGGUCCUCACCUGCCUUUCAGAAUGCUCUACUCUUGUUUUUUCUUCAUGCUUUCUCCCUUUCAAAAGGUUUCAUUUUCUGUUCUGCAGCUAGCUCUGUAUAGCAGAAUUUUUCAAUGCUUCUUACAGGAUCAUAGAUAAUAAUAAUAAGAAACAGAACAAAAAUAUAUAUAUUAUAUAUAAAAACGUUUAAUAUUCUUCUUCUUUUUUUUUUUUUUUAAGAAGUCACCCAUACGUGUGACAUGGUAUGGAAAGUUUCGAAACUUAGUAUAGACCCUUAAGAUAUGUUUUGCAGAAUGAAGGACUGGAUAAAGAUGGAGUCACAUGUUGGAAACUUCAGUUUGUUCCCCAACUAACUGACUAGUAGCAGCUUCAGCGCUAGCAGGAGUGAUCUUUUUGAGCAUUCCUUUCCUUCAUGCUCUUAAGUGUCAGCAUCGAUUAUAAAAGGAGCAGGCGCACGUGUUUUUAUAGACCAAUAUCAGCUGCUGUUAGACAAACAGGUCUGUGGUGCUGAAUGUAUCUUAAAUAUAUGACACUCACAAAGUACAAAAGCUCCUUCAGUACCUGCCAAGUGUACAAUAUGAAAGGAGAUUCACACCUACAUAACCAAUAAGUUAAGAAAUAUUUAUUCUGAUGUAUGAAGUAUUUUUUAAGGCCACACCACAAAAGUGUGUAGAGUGUAUUUAAUCAUAUAAACAUGUUUUUUUUUUUUUUCAGUAUUAAGAUGAACUAAGGGAUUUAUUCAGAAGGUUUAAGAAGAAAUAUCUUGUAUAUAUUUACGGCUAAACGUAUGCAGAUCAUACACCAAGCUGCUCUCAUGAAUCUGGACAGAAUAAGACAUGUCGGAAUAACUUGUUUGUGUAUUUUUUUUUUUAUGGAUUAAAGAAAACCUCACCUCCACUUUUCUUCCUGUACCUGUGCUGUUUUUAAGGUGUUUCAUGUGAAUUGUGCCUUAUUGACAUUCUCAGUAAAGGAUACUCAAGUAUAAUGAGUGGUACAUGAUUAGCGCUAGUUGUGUAAAGUUGUGUUCUGAAAUGUUCUUGGUGUCUGUGGGAUUUUUGUUUUAGGGGCAGCAACAACGACUGUGCACUUCCAUAGCGUUCGAUAUCCAUACUGUUGGGUCAAAGGUGCCAUUUAAAAGGGCUCUGUUUAAACGUGUGGGAAAUUUACAUCCAAACAAAGUUUAGAUGUAAAACGCAUCAUGGUGGCGGAAAUGACAUGAGUCGUUCCGAGUCAGUCGGCAUUGAUGAAGAACAGUAGCUAAUAGCUAGGGCAGUUUUCAUACAGAUGCUUCGACGCAAAUAUUUUUGGCUUUGAGCGAUAUAAUAAUAAUUUUACGCUAGCUUGAUGUAAUGAAAAGAAACUAGAAAUCUACUACUUUUUUGCUGCUGAGACUUAUAGACACCGCAUUAUUUUGAAAAAGGUCUAGUAGGAAAGUAAAGAGAAACCAGUUUUCAGACUUACAAUGCAAACAGUCAAACUAUCAGAUCCGGUUCGAUCCAGUCCAGGAGGAUCACAACAGAUUAUCUUCCUCACUCUACUUUUAACAUUAGACCAGUUACUGUGUGGUAAAUCGCACCCUUCUUAUUUAAAACGUUUAAUAUUUAAAACAAAUAUAUUCAUGAUAAGCCUUAGUUAAUUAAUUUUUCAUUUCAAAGCGUUUGUUUUGAUUCUAUCUCGAUAAGUUGAGAUAUUAACUUUACAUAAUAACUUCUGCAUACCAAAGCUGCUGAUUUAGUGAUCCUUCUGAAUUCAAAUUUAUCGGGAUCACAUUGCGGCAUUCAUGACAUACAAAUGUUAAGAGGUCCGUUAUUGUCGCUAUUCUGUCUUUAGGUUGUUUCACUGUGAAACCAGCUUGCAAAGAUAUUUAAAGAUGAUCGACACCAGCAGUGAUCGUGAUUAUGCAUUAAAAAAAAAGGCUAUAGUUAUUUCCAUACACAUGCUUUUACAUCCAAGCGGUAUAGAGAGGAUCUGGUGUUAAUGACGUUAAAUCAUUUUAUGCUUGCUUGACUGUGAGAGAACAUGGAUAAGAAGAAUUUAGAGUUCACUAAAGAAAUAAUACUGCUGUAAUAUACAGUAUAGUGUAAGACAAAUAGAAAUUUAAUGACCAGGAUUUAACCAGUUAAUGUUGUUGUUUUUUUAAAUGCUAUAUUACAUUUACAUAAUUCACAAAUUUUUGCCCUUGAGUAUUGACUCUAUGCUCCGUUCACAUGCUGUACUAUAUGCAGUAAAAAUGUUAAUUUUGUUAAUGUUAAUGUGACUUUGGCUCAUUUAUGUCACUUAUUUUAAAACUAAUGUUAUGUGUGUUUGUAUUAUGUAAUGGCUGUUAUGGCCUAUUUUGACCUUUUUCUGAGGUCCUUCUUCUAUAGACUGCAAAUCUUUUCUCUUGUGCAUUUAACCAAAUUCUCUUCAUGCCCAUCAGGAAGCCUGAACUUGUACGGUUGUUAAUUGCCAUGAAUCCACAAUUAUUGCCUUUUUGUUUUGUGACUACAUGGUAAUAAUACACACAUGUAAACAGCCCUUCUGUUUAUGCCUGUGAAGCUUGUAUAGUGUAAAUAGCAGAACUGGUUUUAGAUUAUCAAUAAAGAAAAAAAUAUAUAGUUGUUUCUA